ACGAAACUCUUAUUCAAAAAGAGCUGCGACGAGUAUUUGGAGGUUUUACAGACUAACAACUUUUGACUACAUUUUAAACUGGAUUUCAAAGCAUCUGCUGCAGCCAUGGCGCAAAUUUUACUCAACUGUUUGGGGAGUGAACACAAGGAGUACAUCAAACAACACGUCCAAGUGAAAAAUCCCUACUUGGACUCCAUGGAGGAGGAUAUUCUUUACCACUUCAGCUUGGGCACCAAGACUCACAACCUUCCAGAAAUGUUUGGAGAUAUCAAGUUUGUGUGUGUUGGAGGCAGCGCAAAUCGUAUGAAGGCUUUCGCCCAGUUCAUCCACCAGGAGCUGGGGCUGCCUGGAAACCCUGAGGAAGUCAGAGAUAUCUGUGAGGGAACUGACCGCUACUGCAUGUAUAAAGUGGGACCAGUGCUCUCUAUAAGUCACGGCAUGGGUGUCCCUUCCAUCUCCAUCAUGCUGCAUGAGCUCAUCAAACUGCUGCACCACGCUCAGUGCCGCGAUGUGAUCCUGUUUCGUCUGGGAACAUCUGGUGGAGUCGGUCUGGCUCCAGGGACAGUGGUGGUCACGGAUAAAGCAGUGGACUAUUCCUUCCGUCCCCAGUUUGAGCAGGUGGUUCUGGGUAAAGUCAUCACCAGGAGCACUGAGCUGGACGAGGGAGUGGCCAACGAGCUUCUGCAGUGCUCCACUGAGCUUCAAAACAUCCCCACAGUGAUUGGAAACACCAUGUGCAUCCAUGACUUCUAUGAAGGUCAAGGUCGACUUGACGGAGCUCUCUGCUCCUUCUCUCAUGAGGAAAAGCUGGAGUAUCUGAGGAAAGCUCACGAUGCUGGAGUGAGGAAUAUUGAAAUGGAGUCCACCGUAUUUGCUGCUAUGUGCCGCAUCUGUGGCCUCAAAGCGGCUGUGAUCUGUGUUGCAUUGCUGAACCGCUUCGAUGGAGACCAGAUCACCGCCUCUCAUGACGUUCUGAUGGAUUACCAGCAGAGACCCCAAGUCCUGGUGUCCCACUUCAUCAAGAAACGCCUGGGACAUAUUGUCUAAAAACCCUACAUCUCCCUUCCCAACCCCAGCCUUCCAAAUAGUGUAUAUAUGAUAUGAUAUGUGGAUAUGUACUGUGCUUGUUAAUAUGUGCAUUAGACACUUAUUUAAAAAAUUGUUACGCUUUUUAUGAUUUCAUUGAUGAAGAUAAAAUAUUAAGUAUGUUGCAUAUGUAUGUGUAUAUGUAAGUAUGUAUUGUAUCUUUUAAUAUUUAAUACUCUGGUAUUUAUAUAAGGUAAUGUUAAUUUUCUAAAGAACGUGUUCUAUAUGUUGAUCUUAAUGUUACUUUUAUAACUCAACAAAAAUUGUUGGGUGUUGGGAAAUGAUUCGCCUCCAUUGGAGGUUUGCAAUCUGUUAGCACCUUCUAGUUAUAAAGGUUUUUCCUCUUACGUGCUUGUUAGAUGGGAAGUACUUUAUUCCUUGGUGAUUUCUAUUGUGAUAUAAGACCUUCCUACAAUGUGUUUCAGUGAUGAAUGUGUUAUCAGAUGACCAGAGACAUACAUUACAUUUAGUUGCUUCUGCCACACACGCUUGUUUAUGCAAAAAUUCCUGACAGUAACAUAAGCGGUCAAUAAAUAUGGAUAAAUGUGCAGAGAGGUCAUGUUCAUGUGUUGGCGGUACAUGUUUAUCAUCACUCAGUGAUACUGUAUUUUUCAUGAGGUGUUGUAAAGUAUAAAACAUUCAAUAAAAGUCAAUAAUAGUAA